CCUGUUUUAAUAUCCUAGCGACUGCAACUUUUAAUACUAUGUCUCACGUUAGCGAUCUGAGUUUAAAGAGUCCAGAUUCCUCUCCGCGGAGUGAAAAGAGCGUCAAGUCCAAAAGCACAAUGUCUGGAGCAGAAGAAGUAGACCUUGUUAACAGGGAUCCCAACAACCUUAAUGCUCAUCUCGGGACCCUCCAUUUCAAUGAUGUGAUUGGAGAGCCAGAUGGCACCCACAGUAUUGACUGUGCCUACAAGCUCUCACACACCUGCUUCAACUUGUGGAAAGGCUGCCUCUACAAGCUCCUGACAUUCUACCUGGGAUGCUUCAUAGCCGCGGAAUGGGGCUGUGAGUUUGCACUUAUCUCCUUCUUCCAUGUUUGGUACAUUAGUCCAUGCUUGAAGGUUUGCGAAAUCAACUGUGGACUCUGUCAGAGGCUGUAUGCUAACUGCAUGAACUGCUGCUUCGUGCCCGUCUGUGAAGCGAUGGGAUCUAUGUUCCAUCAUUUUAAAAGAACAUAAUAAACUUUUAGAU